AUGAAUAUCAAGAUCGCCAUCUUUUCGGUGGCGUUGGCCACCCACGUUCUAUGCGCGAGGGCAUCGAGCGAGACGGACAGCACGAACGUCGAGGCGGGCCUAACGGAGAAGAAAACGGAGAAGCGCGGACUGCAACAUAGUUUCGGCGACCUAGGGGGUGGCGACUACCACGGCGGAGGCGGUUCGUACGACCAGCACGAGCACGUGAAGACUGUGACGGUCGUGAAGAAAGUGCCGGUACCGUACGAAGUAACGAAGCACGUGCCCUACCUGGUGGAAAAGCACGUGCCCUACGAGGUGAAGGUCGGCGUACCGCAGCCCUACACCGUGGAGAAACACGUACCCUACCCGGUGAAGGUGUUCGUCAAAGUGCCGGUGCACGUGCCGCAGCCGUACACCGUGGAGAAGAAGGUGCCGUACGAGGUGAAGGUACCGGUCGACAAGCCCUACGAGGUCAAGGUAUUCGUGCCGCAGCCCUACACCGUGGAGAAGCACAUUCCGGUGCCCGUGAAGGUGCCGGUACCGCAGCCUUACACGGUCGAGAAGCACGUGCCCUUCCCGGUGAAGGUGAAGGUGCCGGUGCCGCAGCCGUACCCGGUGGAGAAGCCGGUGCCGUACGAGGUGAAGGUACCGGUCGAUAAACCGUACCCGGUGCCGGUACCGAAGCCGUACCCGGUCACCGUGGAGAAGCCAUACCCGGUGCCGGUGGAGAAACCGGUACCGUACGAGGUGAAGGUGCCGGUCGACAAGCCGUACCCAGUGCCGGUGGAGAAACCCUACCCGGUGCCGAUCAAAGUUCCGGUACCGCAGCCGUACCACGUGCACAAGCCAGUGCCGGUGCCGGUGCACAAGCCGGUGCCGGUGCCGGUGAAGGUGCCGGUUGACAAGCCCUAUAUCGUCGAAAAGGAGGUACCGGUCCCGGUUGAGAAGGAAGUGCCGGUACCGGUGAAGAUACCGGUUCCUGUGCCGGUGCACAUCAAGCACGACGAUCACGGUGGUGACCUGGGCGGCGGUUACGGCGGAGGUGGCGACGGCGGCUUGGACGCGCACUCCGCCGGUUACGGCGGCGGUUUCGGCGACGGCGGCGGUUAUGAUUUCUCGCACUCGAUCCACGGCUGA